AUGAGUCCAUCUGAUUUAUUGAUUGAAUUAUCAGAAUUCAUUAAUGCUGAUAAUCAUCAAAUGAAAUUGAAAAAUAUUCUUGUUUCUAAAUUCAUUUUAAAAUUCCCCAUUGAAAUAAUUUAUAAAAUAUUAUCAUAUGUCCCUGAUUUAUAUUUAUUAGUAUUUUUCCUGAUAAAUUUGAAAAUUAUAAAUUGUAAAAGUAAAUGUGGUAAAAUAUCUAUCAAAGAUUUAGAAAGUUAUAUUUUCAAUAAUAGCAAUGAUAGCCUUAUUGAUAAAACUAAAAUGGGUGGGAAAAUCAUUUAUUUAGAUUUAAAACCAUUAAUUGAUAUAAAUUCCAUAAAUUAUCAAACUUUGGAAGAUUUAUUAAUUUUCAAAAAGAUUGAUUUCCGAUUUCUUAAUAAAUUUCAAUUUUAUAUUCAUUCAUUAAAUGUUAAACAUUGGCAAUUUCCAUUAUUUAUGAGUCCAUUUUUCAUAAGAUUUAUUAAUAAAGAAAAGACAAAAGUGGAAAUUGAUGACUGGAAUCGAAGGAUUAUGGAUGGAUUAGAUUUGGAUUCAACAAUGAUAUCUGCAGCAACAGCAACAACAACAACAACACCAAUAACUAAUAAUAAUCAUAACUCUCGUGUAAGAGGACAUCAUCAUAUGAUAACUAAACCAAUCACCACUCCAAUUAUCACUACCACCACCACCACCAUAACCACCAGUAGCAGCAAUUCAAGUUUUUCACCAUUUACCGUUGAUGUUAAACAUUUUUCAUAUAUUAUUCAAAAUUUAAAGAAUAAAAUCCCUGGAUUUAAUCAAUGGCAAAUUAAUCAACAAAAAAUUUUUUUUAACAAUAUCAAAAAUACUAAUUUUCAAUUCACUUUAAAAGGAGUUGAUGAAAAUUGUUGGUUUAAAAAUUUUAAUUUUACUAAAUUAAAUUUGAAAACUUAUUAUUUAUAUCAAGAUGAUUAUAAAUUGAUUAAUUUAUUUAAUUUUAAUAAUUUAAUUAAAUUAACUAUUGAUUUUGGUCAAUCACCAUUGAAUUUUAUACCUCAUUGGUGUCAAUUUUUACAAAAUUUGAAUAAUUUGGAAAUUUUUAAUUUAAAUAUUGGUAAAAUUUGUUUAAUUGAUAUUUGUUUGAUUAUAUUGAAAUUGAAUCGAUUGAUUGAAUUUAAUCUUAAAACAUUUAAAUGUUGGACUCAAACUUUUUGGAAAUGGUUGAUAUUAAAAUUGAUUAAACAAAAAUAUCAUGGUCAUCAUUGUAGUAGUCAUAAACUGAAUCAACAUAAGCCUAAAAAUCAUUGUUCAAGCCCAGACAAAACCAAAGAAUUCAAAUUUACAAUGCAAUUUAUAGAUAGUUAG